AUGUCGCCUCCCGCGAGCGUCACCAUCACCCAACUGGAACCCGUCGUCUUCCUUCGCGGCCAGUCUUCCUCCGGAGAAGAUGCUCGCGGCCGACGUCGUCCCGUCAACAUCGAUGCACCUCCCUCCCAGCUGCGUGCCCUUGUCACGCUCUACCUUCCCAAGCCAUCCAAAAUCAAGGAAAUCGCCGUCUCUCUCAAGGGGACCGCCAAGACCGACUGGCCAGAAGGAAUCGGUCCCAAUCGAGUAGAGCUCGUUGAGGAAAUGACCAUCUUUCACCACGUCAUCAACCUCUACAACGCUAAGCAAGACAAGGCAAACCUGAUUGCAUCCCGUCCUCGAAGCAAUUCCGUCGGUCCUGGUAUUGGCCUCCAAGACGACGUCGAUUGGGACUACGCCGCCGCAACAGCAAGCACAAACGCUGCAGCUGCACCCUCGCCGCCAUCCGCGUUCGCGGGCAGCUCGCGGCAAGCCAGUGGCUCCACUCGCCGAGAGAAUGACCGUCCCAAAAGCUCCAACGCCAAUGGUGCCAGCGGAGGUAGCAACCUGGCUCGUCAAAUCGCCGGCGCUGCCGCCAAGGCUGGCACCGCCAUGAUCCCUCCCACCUUGCGUCCAGAUAUGGGUCUUGCCAAGGCCAAAGAUCCGUCAUCGUCCAGCUCCUCGCGCAGUCGACCGCCGCUUCAGCGUACUGGGUCCGGGAAUACUUCCUGGGCAGCCUAUGCUACAAGUCCCGACUCCAAUUCAGCCACACCCGCCACCUCGCCGUCUGCUCCUCUUUCGUCGCGCGCCGCUCCAAAUUCCUCUUCAACUGGCUCGCCAUUGCUUUUCUCAAGCCCACCUACUUCCUUCUUUGAUCGUCGCGAGCCGUCUCCUGCUCAACACCAGGACCUCUCGAGAUGGCACGAAUACUUCGAGUCUCAGGGGCACGAGCGACCUCCCCUUUACGCACCUCGCUCAGCCCCUUUGCAAGGUUACGAUGCAUGGCCGACCGAGGUUCCUCCCGAGUCACCAUCAGCUGUCGAGAAUGUACCGGCAACGACCGACUCCAGUGGCUCCACAGCAAUCAGUGUACCUUCCAGCUCGGCAGCGAGCACAGCUGCAACACCGAAGGGUCCAACCGCUGCCAACCUUGUCGACGAUGGCACAGCCCUCAACGCACAGGGUCAGUCGCCCCCUCGAUCCGCGACCAUUUCAGCAUCAGCCACCUCGCCUCCUCUUAACAGGAGUAUCCUCCAUGCUCAAUCUUCAAGCACACCACGUGCCAAGGACCAGACUGUUCGAUUUGAUCCACAAUCUCGCAUCGACAGCGCGUCUAGCAGCACCGCCAACGGCGCUUCAUCCCGAACGAGCGGUAACAGAAGCGCGCCUUCGAGCCGUCGCAACUCUGUCGAGCUCCAAGACAAUCAGUCCAGAAAUAGCAAGAACAAGCCAAACAGCAAAUCGAGCAACGACAACAAGACCAAAAAGCCUGGUCUCAAGACGCUUAUCAACGGCUUGCUCAAGGAGCCCACUGCUGACAGCAAAGCCAAUCACGAAGACGCAGUCCAGUCAGACUCGAAGGAGUUCAAGAAGGGAACUUAUACCUAUCCUAUCUGCAUCUCGUUGCCCUCCAAUCUUCCUCCUACGCUUCAUGCCGAUUUUGGCUUCAACCGCUACGUGCUUCGUGCCAAUGUAGUUCGUGCAGGUGCAUUGACACCCAACCUCGUCGCAGAGCGCGAGAUCAACCUCAUCCACGCACCGGACGAGGAUGCACUCGAAGAGACCGAUUCGAUCGUCGUCGAACGAUGUUGGGAGGACUUGCUCUCCUACAUGGUCGUCUUCAGCGGCAAGAGCUUUCCCAUUGGUCAACAGAUUCCGCUGUGGCUCAAGUUUGUGCCUCUAGGCAAGGUCAAGAUCUAUCGCAUCGUUGCUACGCUCGAAGAACGCACCGACUACUUUGCCAAAGGAAGGCGUGUGGCGCGACACGAAGUGCCCCGAAAGUGGACGCUCAUGAAGGUCGCCCACGCCUCGCAGACGGAACCCAUCCUGCCGAUUCUGUCGGACUCAACGGAUGUGCUGGACAGCAGUCCGCUGGCACCCAUGGCUCGUGCGGCAGCUGGUGAGCACGACGAUUCGGAUGGACUAACCUCGAUCUUGGAUCCGACAGGCCCAUGGGAGCUGGCCACUGAACUCAACAUCCCUGCCUGCGGUACGACCAGAAUCAAUCUGAGUACCAACCACUCCAAAUCGAAUAUUGCUGUCCAUCAUUUGGUGAGGCUUGCAAUCCGAGUUGGCAGAUCGGAUGGCGACUGGGAGGUGUGGAACGACAAUGUCGGCACGUCUAGCUCGGCGGCCAAGAACACGCCUCAGCUCUACGAUAUCAUCAUCGAAGCGCCCAUCACGCUCACAUCGUCCCACACGGCUACCGAGUGGACAGCUUUGCCCAACUACUGGAGCUUGCCUGCAGAGCCUGUCGACCAGGAUGCUGCCGACCGCAGUGCCGAGAUGGACACCCCUUUGCGACCGGCGAUGCCGUCGCCUGUGUUGACGAGCAGGACGGGCUUGGUAGGGCAGCACGCGAGCCAAGCAGGCCCAGUUGCGGCACCUUUGCGCUCGCCAACGGGUGCCAAUGGAAGUCCGAUCAGCGUCUCGCCUCCCAUGUCACGCAACCCUACCCAAUUGUCGCGGAGGUGGCUCGCGCUUAGCGCAGAUCACAUCAGCAGAGACGGCAACAGUACGGGUCCGGCGAACGCUGUCGGCGCAUCAGCUGCUGCACCUCCGCCAGCCUAUCGACCCAACGCAAGGACAGGAGAGACCACCGUGGCAUCUACGAGCAUGAGCCGAUCUCCUUCCGAGCUGCAAGGUGCCACUCUCAACGGCGAACCUGCUCAAACAUCCUGUGAUGCCAAUGCAUACAGUGUCGGCAUGGCGCAUUGA